ACCCUCCUCCUCCCUCUCCCCAUCUCGACACCAUGAGGUCCGCCUGGCUCACUCUCGUCGCCGCUGCCCUGGCCUACGCCGCCGCGCCCUCCUUCCGCGGCUGCGAGAACAAGGUCAAGGACAGUCUCCACGGUGUUCCCCAGGGUUGGGUUCAGCAGGCACCUGCGCCCCAGGACCAGCUCAUCCAGCUCAAGAUCGCCCUCGCCCAGCCGAGUGCACACGAGCUUGAGAAGCACAUCGUCGAGGCAUCCGACCCGGCACACGAGCGCUACGGCCAGUUCCUCUCCAAGGAAGAGGCCCACGAACUCAUGGCGCCCGAGCAGGGCUCAGUCGACAUCGUCCGGGAGUGGCUCGCCACGCACGGCCUUGGCGAAGAGCACUUGUACAACUCGGCAGCUGGGGAUAUGGUUACAAUUCGCGUGCCCGUUGCUGUUGCUGAGAGCAUGCUCGAUACGAAAUUCCACGUUUACACGCACGCCGCUUCUGGGGACAGCGCGAUCCGCACAACCGCGUACAGCCUCCCUGAGCUGCUCCACGAUCACGUCAGCUUCGUGCAACCGACGACGAUGUACGCGCGCUUCAAGCCGAUGCGCAGCACCAUGCACUUUGCAGGCGGCGUCAAGGCCACGCUCGCGGCGGGCUCCGUCAAGAGCGCCGCGGGGCAGGACGUCGACGCGUCGUGCAACGACGAGAUCACGCUGAGCUGCCUACAGCAGCUGUACAACUUCGGCGACUACAAGCCCUCGACCAACACGACGCUCGCGGUCACGGGCUAUCUCGAGGAGUACGCGAACAACGCGGACUUCCAGCAGUUCCUCGGCGAUGACAGCGCGAACUUCACGACCACGCUGGUCAACGGCGGCAAGAACGACCAGGACCCGAGCGCGGCGGGCGGCGAGGCGAACUUGGAUGUGCAGUAUGCGUUCGGUGUCGCUCAGCCGCUUGCGGGCACGUUCUACUCCACCGCUGGCACGCCGCCGUUCACCCCCGACAAGAACGAGCCUACGAACGGCAACGAGCCGUACAUUGACUGGCUUGACUUCGUUCUGAACCAGACCAGCCUGCCCUCGGUCAUCUCGACGUCGUAUGGCGACGACGAGCAGACGGUACCCGUCGACUACGCGCAGCGCGUCUGCCAGGGCUUCCAGACACUCGGCUCGCGCGGCGUCUCCGUCACGUUCUCCUCGGGCGACAGUGGUGUCGGUGACGGCUCGUCCGACCCCUCGUCGACGACGUGCAUCGCGAACAACGGCACCAACGCCAUCAAGUUCCUCCCCGCGUUCCCCGCCAGCUGCCCCUACGUCACCACCGUAGGCGCAACACAGAACGUCCCCGAAGUCGCCGCGUCCUUCUCAGGCGGCGGCUUCUCCAACAUCUUCGCGCGCCCGUCGUACCAGGACGACGCGGUGAGCGCGUUCCUCACGGGCCUCGGCGACACGUACGCGGGGCUGUACAACGCCUCGGGGCGCGCGUACCCGGACGUGUCCGCGCAGGGCGUCAACUUCGACAUCGUGCUCGGCGGGUCGCACACGGGCGUGUCCGGCACGUCGUGCUCGUCGCCCGCGUUCGCGGGUGUCGUUGCGCUCGUGAACGACGCGCGUGUCGCGGCGGGCAAGGCGACGCUGGGGUUCUUGAACCCGUUGUUGUACGGCGCGGGUGCGGGCGCGUUCAACGAUAUUACGUCGGGUAAUAACCCCGGGUGCGGGACGGAGGGGUUCAGCGCUGGGACGGGGUGGGAUCCUGUCACCGGUCUCGGCACGCCCGACUUUGACAAGCUCAAGACUGUCGCUCUUGACAACUAAGUUUUAAUCAUGAAGACCUUAGCACUGCAUAACGCGUGUGGGAGAGUCUUGCUGUAUAGGGUCGUGAGCAGUAGCCUUUGUUAUACCGGACAUAAACUUUGCAUACCGGCGUUGUUGUACUGCUUUUUUUCCAUUGUCAGUCUACGAAUACAUUUACGAAUGCGUAACGC